AUGAAACUAUGGACGAUUGGGAGGUUUGAACUCAAUGAGUGGACGUUAAGGUUUGUGGUUGCUAUACUGACCACGAGUGGAGUGAUUGUGUAUAUGCUGUGUUCGUAUGUGGAUCAUGCGUAUGGAGUCCACAUGCUAGGAGCAGAGUUGCAGACGAGCACAUACAUCUAUGCAUCUGAUGAAGGUAGGAAGAGUUUGACAGCGAGCAAGGAUGAUCUUGAUGGGACGUAUUUUAGUUUAUUGCUUUUGAACUUUGACAGGAACAAAGUGGCGAUGGUCCUGAAUGGGACGAAGCUGAAGACGAUAGAAAGCAGCAACUAUGUGAACAGGAUAGUCGAGCUUGUUGGGAAUGACACCACGCAGUUUAUGUUUCUGUUUCUGUCGUAUCUGAUUGGGUCGAGGUAUUUUCCGGUGGGAAGUAUCAGCUUUAUGAUGAAUUCUGAAGGGAUAUGGUAUAACGGAGUCCGUCAUGAGAGCCAUCCGUUUGUAUUCAGAAGGAUAUGCACGAUGUUGAUAAGGGACAUCAAAUAA